UUGACAUUUGGUCUUUGUCCAGUAAAAUAUUGUUACAUACUGUGUUUUAAAGGUAGAUAAACCAGACUGGAAGGACUCUGAGAACCAUAGCUUCCCUUCAGAUACUUCUUCUUUCUGUUUAAGUGUAGAUAAACCAGCAGCCAAUGGGGUUGUGGUGAUAACUUGUCAUAAUGUAAUUGGUGGCUCCGCAGGACAGAAUAAUAUAAAAAUGAGCCAAACCCUCAGCAGAGCAGAGACUGGAAGGACUCUGAGAACCAUGGCUUCUCUUCAGAUACUUCUUCUCCUGUGUAUCACUGUUUCAGUGAGCGCAGCUGGACAUCUGCAGAAAAGAAUCUACGGAGGUAGAAACUGUACAAACACUGAGCGUCUGUACCAUGUCAUGCUAAGACCAUAUGAUGGUAAACUCAAUUAUACCUGUGGUGGCUCUCUGAUCAGUAAUCGGUGGAUUCUGACUGCAGCUCACUGCUGGGAAGCGUCAUGGACUUCCGGUGCUAUGAAUGUGAUUGUAGGAGUUCAUCCAGGUAACAAUAAGAAGGAAAUGGAAAUAAAUAACACAGACAUAUUCCCUUUUAAAGACACAAACAAUAGUGUUAAUGACAUCAUGUUACUGCGGCUGCCUCAGAAAAUCACAAACAUCACACCCAUACAGCUUCCUGACUGUACUGCGAAUAAUGAGCCUAAAAUAAAUGACUCGGUUGAAGUAGCAGGACACGGCAAUUGUCAAUUGAACGCGACAUUCUAUGAAGUUAACCUGGAGUGGAAGGAAACAUCUGUUACUCACACAAACACUGUGUUUCUACGUUCCUGUAGGACCAUGUUUGCAGAUGUAGUUAUGCAUCAAGGAGCUCCAGCCCAGGAAAUUAAAAUUACUGCAGAAGCUGAGAUCUUCACCGAUAAAGACAUCAACAACAACAUCAGGUCACACGACAUCAUGUUACUGCAGCUUCCGACCCCCACUGACGUUCAGCCUGUAGCACUACCUGACUGUGAAUGUGUCAGGGCGGCGUAG